AUAUAGUAUAUAUAUUUAUAUAAAAGGAAUAUCUGUAACGAAGCGAGUGUUUUGAUUCUUUUGUCUUGUUUGGUUCGAGGAGGGAGAAGAAGAAGAAGAAGAAGAAGAAGAUGCGGUGUCUUGGGGCCUUGGAGUCGGUGAGAGUUUCACCGUUGGCUUCCUUAUCUGUUAAUGGAGGCACCACUACCAGCAAAGAUGUUACUUUGGCCACUGGGCUUCACCUCCGCUGCUCCGCUAGUCCUCUUCGUUCCUCGCUCUCCUUCACUCUUCCCAAUAGCUUCUUCUUCAGAACCAGGGCCCCUUCUCGGAGGACUGCCUCCUUUUAUUGCCACUCCGCAUUGACUCCAGAGUUGAAGACUACACUGGACAAAGUUGUUAAUUCUAGCAAAGUGGUCCUUUUCAUGAAGGGAACAAAAGACUUUCCACAGUGUGGAUUUUCCAACACAGUCGUUCAAAUAUUGAGGUCCUUAAAUGUACCUUUCGAAACAAUAAACAUACUGGAAAAUGAAAUGCUGCGUCAAGGUUUGAAGGAAUACUCCAGUUGGCCUACCUUUCCACAGCUUUACAUCGAAGGAGAGUUUUUCGGGGGCUGCGACAUCACCGUUGAUGCAUACAAAAGCGGGGAAUUGCAAGAAGUAGUGGAGAAGGCCAUGUGCUCUUGAGGCUUAAAGAGUUCGAAGAAGUGUAUCAAGUUUAGUUUUUGAUUUAUGUUGAGCAUAAUGUAAAAUACUUCAAUAAUAUAAUUCGGUAGUUUGUGCACUUUGUUACUUAAAAAAAAAAAAAAAGGAAAGAAGCUUUAUAGUAA